UAGAAGAAGUCCUUUGGAUACCACAAGAAAGCUCUGUUUUUAGUUCUUCAACUAAUGAAAUAAGUAAUGAACCAAAUGAUAAAAUAAGUAAUGAACCAAAUAAUGAAAUAAGUAAUGAACUAAAUGAUAAAAUAAGAAAUGAUGAAACUAAUAAUGGAGCUACUGAUAAUUAG